AUGAGCGUAAUCCGACAACAACAAUGGAUACAGCACUAUACAGAAUUACUGCAAGAACGACGUCCACAAUACGAAGAAAUGGAAAACCCAGUUAGCGUCCAAGAAGGUCUAAAAGUGGGUAGAUCCUGCGGACCAGAAGGAAUAUAUGCAGAGCUCGACAAGAAUGGUACCCAAAAACUUUUCCAUCUGCUUGCUACAAUAUUCAACCGAUACAUCAACGGGGAAGAUGUUCCAGAUACUUGGAGAGUGGCUUAUUUAUCUUCAAUCCAUAAAAAAAGGAGAAAAGACGUAUGCUCGAACUACAGAGGCAUAUCAGUUACAAGUACGCUUAGCAGAAUGUACGGAAGAAUUUUAAGAACCCUAAUUGAUAAAGAAUUGGACGAAGAGGAGGAGCAAUGCGGAUUCAGGGCUGGGAGGUCUUGUACCGACAAUGUAUUUUGUAUGAGAUAA